AUGUUAAUGGAUUUAUCCAAUGGUCAUUUACUGAUAAAAGAAGAAAAAAUUUUACGGAAAUUAGUCAAUUUGAUUCAUGCCACAACAACAAAUGAUUUCAAUCUAUGUACAAUUCAUUCACGUCAAUUACAAUAUUUAUUAUAUACUACUUAUAAUACUACUACUACUACUACUCAUUAUAAUGAUAUUCCAUCAACAGCAGGAGCAGGAACAGGAGCGUCGUCAGCAUCCUCAGCAGAAGGAUCAGGAUCAUCAACAAUGAUUAAUUUAAAUGAAACAUUUUAUCCAAUAUUUCAUCAUUUAAUCACACAAAACUCUUUAACACAAAAUUUCUUACAUGAUAUAUAUAGAUCUAUACAGAUUAUGGGAAAUUUCAAUCAGUGGCAUAGCAACAACCACUAUCACGACAACUACAACCCCAACAAUCAUGAUACCAGGAAACAAUUAGAAGUCUAUUUAUUUCAUUUAUUACAAUUAAAUCAACCAAUUGAAUUUUAUAAUAUGAAAUUAUUCAAUAAUUUCAUCACUAUGAAUGAUGAUUAUGAUCAAAAAUCCAAUUUAAUUGGUAUUGGUUAUUGUUUCAAUGGGAUAUUAAUGGCUUAUGUCAAUAAUCAUACUACUACUAAUACUAAUAGUAGUAUUAGUAGUAGUACUAGUGAUUCCUCUGAUCGUAAUUCUAUAUGUAGUCAAUUUCUAUUGAAUGUACAAUUAUUUGAUGAUAAUAAUAAUGAGACUAUACAGUUUAAUGAUUAUAAAUAUGGAGAAUUUUCAUCCUUUUGGGCACCAAUUCAAUGUGAAUCGAAUUCAAUCAUACCAAUAGUUUUACGAUAUUUUAUUUAUACAAAAGAAAAAAGUUUAUUUUUCGAAUUUGAUUUGAAGGAUUAUACCAUUGAUCAAUGUGCUUUGAAUAUAAAUCGAUGUGGAGCAACAACUCGAUUAAAACAUUCUCAUUAUCUACAACUGAUACAAUUCAAUCAAUCGAAUUCAAUUCAAUUAAUGAAUAGUGAAAAAAUUCUAUUAACAUCAGAUAUACCAUUGCAUUUAGAUACCAUGUUUCCAAUUAAAUUUUAUGGUGAAUAUUAUAAAACAGUUAGAAUAUUAUCAAACGGUAUUAUAAAUAUUAUGGAGUCAAAUUUUGGAAAAUUAUCUGGAAGCAUUAAAGUAUUUUAUGGAGUUUGGAAAACGGGUCAAGUGGAUAUUAUUCAUAAUGAUAAGUUUCUAACAGUAAGAUGGCCUAAUCUUAACAUUUACAAUGCACAUGGAAAAGAAAUGAAAGAACGUGCACAAAUAACAUGCACAAUACAUGUUAAUGGGAACAUAUCGAUUUUCUUUGAAACAAUACCGAGUGGAACAUAUAAUGAAACAGAAGAAUCUAUGCCUGGAAGUACUAUAUAUUAUCCAACGAAAAUUCAAAAUCAUGCCUAUUCACCUCAUUACAAAAACACUGCGAUAAAAGUUCCUGCAUUCUUGAUAAAGUCGAACACCUUAAUGGAAUUUAUACCAGAUCCAAUUUGCUCUGAUCAAACAUCAUGCGGUGAAUGUCUCAAACCAGGUGCAUUCGCUACAAAAUGUUAUUGGUGUCCAAGAACAAGAAGGUGUACUAAUACUCAUGAUAGUUAUGGGAGAAUGUGGAAGAAAGGAGAGUGUCAAAUACAGAAUAGUGAAAAUUGUACUGUUCAGAACGAAGUUCUAACUACUCCGAUCCGAAAAAUCAUCGGUGUAGCAAAAUCCUCCAUCAGAAGAAAUAAACUUACAAAUCUCACACAGAAAAUUACAAACAACAAUUUAUCAGAACAUGUACCCAAUACGACUACUGUUCAAAAUAGUGAAAAUUGUACUGUUCAGAACGAAGUUCUAACUACUCCGAUCCGAAAAAUCAUCGGUGUAGCAAAAUCCUCCAUCAGAAGAAAUAAACUUACAAAUCUCACACAGAAAAUUACAAACAACAAUUUAUCAGAACAUGUACCCAAUACGACUACUGUUCAAGUAAUUCAAGUUAAUAAAACAUUGAGUAUUCAACUAGGCAAUAUGUUUUUUAUACUUCAACAUGUGAUUGAUAGUUCGUAUAUAAUCUUAUGGAUGUUAGCGACUGUAUUCAUUAUUCACUUUAUUAUCCUUUUCAAUAUAUUAUGUAAUCUAUUAUAACUUUCUUACUUCUUAUCAAUGAUUUCUUUGUGAUCACUUUAUUUUAUUUAGAUAUUAUUAUUCUUCUUUAUUCACUUAUCCACUGUAUAUUCUGAGAGGUUUUAUGUUUCUUGGGAAAUGUUCAUGUUCAUUUUUUGAUUUGUACAUACAUGAUUAUUAUUAAACAGGAUUUGGAUAGAUUUUCAUCAGAAUAGUGAAUGAAUGACAAAAUGAUGUAAAGACAGAUGGCAAAACUAAAUGACAGCAUAUUCAAACGUUUUAUGAAAUAUUUAUAAAGAUAACUGUUAAAUUUUCCACAAUAUAUUAAAUUGUUGUUGUGUACCGAUAAGAAUAAUGAGUAGUCAUUUUCUGGGAUCUAUUUAUGGACCAAUAUUGUGCGUAUAUUUUUGUUGUAUAAUUGUCAGUUAACUAAACUAUUCAUAUUCAUGUCUCUCUUAUCAUAAGCUUUAUUUUGACUUAUGAACUGUUAUUAUAAGAUUUUCCAUUCUUGAAUUAUUCCCUGUCUAUUAAUCACUACCUCCCACAGCCACAUUUGACCAAAUCUUGUACAAAUGUUGUUUUCUAUUUUAUGGU